GCAAGCGCAUGCGUCCUGACGGCUCGGCAUAGGCGACUCUGGGCGGGUCUGGGCCGCUCUAGUGUUUUGGGGCACAGAAGCUGUGGGAGGAGCUGGAGGCUUCACCGUGGUAACCACAGUGCCGCUGCUGCCCCGCCUUGCAGGCCUCAGGACUGUCAUCGCCUCUGGGUGUGAGGGUACUUUGGCCACCGUCCCCGGAAAUAGCCGCGCCUUCCUCUCAGAUACCCCAUCCUCCUCCCCACGCCGCUGCCGCUGCCGCCAUGCAAGGGGAGGACGCCAGAUACCUCAAAAGGAAAGUUAAAGGAGGGAAUAUUGAUGUACAUCCAUCAGAAAAAGCACUCAUUGUUCACUAUGAAGUGGAAGCUACCAUUCUUGGAGAAAUGGGGGACCCCAUGUUGGAAGAACGAAAAGAAUGUCAAAAAAUCAUUCGACUUAAGAGUCUCAAUGCCAACACGGAUAUAACCUCCCUGGCAAGGAAGGUGGUUGAAGAAUGUAAACUCAUUCAUCCUUCAAAACUAAAUGAGGUAGAACAGCUGUUGUACUAUCUACAGAACCGCCGUGAUUCAUUGUCAGGAAAAGAGAAAAAAGAAAAAUCAAGCAAGCCUAAAGAUCCACCUCCUUUUGAAGGAAUGGAGAUUGAUGAAGAUGCUAACAUUAAUGACAUGGAUGAAUAUAUUGAGUUAUUAUAUGAAGAUAUUCCUGACAAGGUUCGGGGUUCUGCUUUGAUCCUGCAGCUUGCUCGAAAUCCUGAUAACUUGGAAGAAUUACUAUUGAAUGAAACUGCCCUUGGUGCAUUAGCAAGGGUCCUGAGAGAAGACUGGAAGCAAAGUGUCGAGUUAGCUACAAACAUAAUUUACAUCUUUUUUUGUUUUUCUAGCUUUUCUCAGUUUCAUGGACUUAUUACUCACUAUAAAAUUGGAGCUCUGUGUAUGAAUAUUAUUGAUCAUGAGUUAAAAAGACAUGAGCUUUGGCAAGAAGAACUCUCAAAGAAGAAGAAAGCUGUUGAUGAAGACCCUGAAAACCAAACCUUGAGAAAGGAUUAUGAAAAAACCUUUAAAAAGUACCAGGGGCUUGUGGUAAAACAGGAACAGCUAUUACGAGUUGCUCUUUAUUUGCUUCUGAAUCUUGCUGAGGAUACUCGUACCGAACUGAAAAUGAGGAACAAGAACAUAGUUCACAUGUUGGUGAAAGCCCUUGAUCGGGACAAUUUUGAGCUGCUAAUUCUAGUUGUGUCAUUCUUGAAGAAACUCAGCAUUUUUAUGGAGAAUAAAAAUGAUAUGGUGGAAAUGGAUAUUGUUGAAAAACUAGUGAAAAUGAUACCUUGUGAGCAUGAAGACCUGCUGAAUAUCACCCUCCGACUUUUACUAAACCUAUCCUUUGACACAGGACUGAGGAAUAAGAUGGUACAAGUUGGACUGCUUCCCAAGCUCACUGCACUCCUAGGCAAUGACAACUACAAACAAAUAGCAAUGUGUGUUCUUUACCACAUAAGCAUGGAUGACCGCUUUAAAUCAAUGUUUGCAUACACUGAUUGUAUACCACAGUUAAUGAAGAUGCUGUUUGAAUGUUCAGAUGAACGAAUUGACUUGGAACUCAUUUCUUUCUGCAUUAAUCUUGCUGCUAACAAAAGAAAUGUACAGCUUAUCUGUGAAGGAAAUGGGCUGAAGAUGCUCAUGAAGAGGGCUCUGAAGUUUAAGGAUCCAUUGCUGAUGAAAAUGAUUAGAAACAUUUCUCAGCAUGAUGGACCAACUAAAAAUCUGUUUAUUGAUUAUGUUGGGGACCUUGCAGCCCAGAUCUCUAAUGAUGAAGAAGAGGAGUUUGUGAUUGAAUGUUUGGGAACUCUUGCAAACUUGACCAUUCCAGACUUAGACUGGGAAUUGGUUCUUAAAGAAUAUAAGUUGGUUCCAUACCUCAAGGAUAAAUUAAAACCAGGUGCUGCAGAAGAUGAUCUUGUUUUAGAAGUGGUUAUAAUGAUUGGAACUGUAUCCAUGGAUGACUCUUGUGCUGCAUUGCUAGCCAAAUCUGGCAUAAUCCCUGCACUCAUUGAAUUGCUAAAUGCUCAACAGGAAGAUGAUGAAUUUGUGUGUCAGAUAAUUUAUGUCUUCUACCAGAUGGUUUUCCACCAAGCCACAAGAGACGUCAUAAUCAAGGAAACACAGGCUCCAGCAUAUCUCAUAGACCUGAUGCAUGAUAAGAAUAAUGAAAUCCGAAAGGUCUGUGAUAAUACAUUAGAUAUUAUAGCGGAAUAUGAUGAAGAAUGGGCUAAGAAAAUUCAGAGUGAAAAGUUUCGCUGGCAUAACUCUCAGUGGCUGGAGAUGGUAGAGAGUCGUCAGAUGGAUGAGAGUGAGCAGUACUUGUAUGGCGAUGAUCGAAUUGAGCCAUACAUUCAUGAAGGAGAUAUUCUCGAAAGACCUGACCUUUUCUACAACUCAGAUGGAUUAAUUGCCUCUGAAGGAGCCAUAAGUCCCGAUUUCUUCAAUGAUUACCACCUUCAAAAUGGAGAUGUUGUUGGGCAGCAUUCAUUUCCUGGCAGGAAUGUCAACUCUGGCCCAGAAAUUUAAUAAGAGCCUGUGAGUGCCUGGGAUUCUUUACUGGCUGCCAUUCCCUUGUAAUGUGCUGCAUGUGAAGCAUCACUUGUCAUUUCCAGAUUUCUUUGUUCCUGCUCUGAAUCAUCUCAAGUUUAGAAUUCUAAUGAUUGCUAUUACAAAUGUGUUUGAAGUCUUGCAAAUAUUAGCAAAAAUUCAGUCUUCUGCUUGCUGAAUGCUAAUUAGAUUUCUAAAUUUGUUUAUUUAAAAAAACGUACUCUAGAUAUGGUUUUCUAUUUGUUGCCGGGUUUUAAAUAUAAUUUUUCUCUUUUAAAGAAUUUGUCAUUUUUCUUUCUAGGUACCCAGAAAUAAUUGUUCUUAGGAGAUAAAACUUAAUGGCACAUUGACUUUUUGGCCUUAUCAUUCCUAGUUAUCUUUUCACAAUAAACAAUAACCAUUUUCUUUGGACCAGAAUUAUGUAUUUUCAGGAAGAGACACUGUAUUUUGGUGAUUCAAAGGUCCAAAAUAUGUUAUCUGAACACUAAGGAAAAAGGUGAAAUGACACUAAAUAAGUAAUCCUGUAAAGAAAAAGUACUAUAAUAGUUGCAUAUACUAAUCUAGAGGGAUACACCACUUUUUAUGUGGGUUAGGAGUAGCAAGAAGAAACUAUGUACAUACAGAGACAUGCACCCUACAAGAUUGGAUUAAAUUCCAGUAUACUUAUAAAUAGCCACAUAUUCAAACUAUCAUCUGAAGCAAAAUGGCCACACAAGGCAAGAGCAGAUGUGGCAUAUCACAGCUUACUUUUCCUUGCUUCUCAGGGCCCCUAGUGAGGGCAUACAAAUUCCUGUGAUACACACUAUUGAAGUCAAGUCUUUCCAGAUCAGGAAAGCACAAUUUUUCCUGCAACAUUGCCUUUUUAUAUUUAUAGUUUCUAUCUCUUUCAAGAACUUACAUGAAGAAUCUGUCUGCUUCUGUUUAAAGGAAAACUCUCCGGGUUUUGAACUAAACUCAGCAUUGCAAGGCUAUAUCCUUUCCCUAAGGAAAAAAGUCAAGUGUCUACAUGUUCCAAAAGAAUGUCUCCAGGUUUCAGCAUCCUAAAAAGCCUGAUUUCCCCCACUAUAUUAGAAAGAAGCAAAUGAGAGGGUUUAAAGAAACAAACUAUUAUGUUUCACAGUGAAUUUAACUAAAAUGUAUGUAGAUAUAGUUGAUUUUUCAUAAUACAAAAGGACCUAGGACCUAUGUCGAAGUACUCUCCAAACUGAUCAUAAAUGUUUUAAAUAUUUUUUGCUUUAAACAGCAAGUUCAUCUGUGAUACAUAAUGGAGAAUUCCAGAAAAGAUCAUUUUAGAGUUUGGUUUCAAAUUUUAUUCCUUUUUCCCAAAAUGAUAUUCGUAUAUAGAAAUUCAAAAAAUUAAAUGAUGUCCUCUACACUGUAAUACACACAGCUGUCUCUGGGUGAACUGUUGACUGCAUAAAUAGAUCUUUACCAUAGUAACCUAAAGACCAUACUGUUCAAGACCAGAGAUUUACAGGUUCAGAAACUCAGACUCAUCAGUGCUCAAGGGCCAGUCUUUCACUGACUUGGGACUGCAGAUUUUUAUCAACAAUGUGCGUGACAUAUUUUAAAAAGAAAAAAUCCAUUUGUUAAUGUACAAUGAAAGUUAUAACCAUCAGGUGGAUUAGGUAAUAUCUAAGUUUAUUAUUUAACCUGUUGGCAAAUUACAUGGGAAAUUACAAUGAUCAAUAGUUUGCCUAUUAGUCACAGAAAUAAAAAAAAAAAAAGGGAGGGGGAGAAUUUUGCAGCUUGAACGUAGAAUGGCCUCAGACUCUGAGAAUGUUAAAUUCCCUUCCUGAUUGAGGACCAAACUGCAAAAAGGCCAGAUAUUCCUUAUGGUGUUAUAGCUUACCAGAUCACCAUGCAAUCGCUUAGGUUGCUCCAACCAGCAUUGUAGCUGCAAAGCUCCUUGUUCUGUGCCAACGACUGGCGAACUCCCUUCUGAGGACCAUCUUCUUUUAGGUAGAAUUACAGUGAUAUUGCUAACAAGUUGUCUGUGAGAUACUCUGAAGGUGCCUUUGCAUGUUUCCUCACUGUCCCACAUAUGCCUCUUGUUUUCAUAUUACUGAAAUAGAUCUUGCCAUAGCCCCUAGAUUGAGAAACAAGCAUAAGAUUAACUUGAGUUUAACCUAAGUCUACUGCUAUUUGGCCUCAGAGGAGUUGCUAAAAAAGAUAAGGACUGGUUGAAGACAGGUAAUAAGCAGAAAGAUGAAGAAGGAACAAGUUGAAAUCCAAGCUCUGUAAUCAACAGUUAUAUAAUUAAGAGUUCUUUAGAUACAUGAUGACUUGUUAGCCUUAGUGCUUGCAGAGAAGUUUUCAAUAACUUAUCUAAUUUUAAGCUGAUACCAGUGUCUCUUAGUUCACUGACUCUACUAAUUUCUGAAGCAUCUUUCAAGCUACUUCUUGAUUCCCUCAUCACAAAAUUUAGUCUCUCUUCCCAUGACAUGAAAGUUAGAAAAAGUGCUUAUAUUUUUACCAUUUCAAAAUGAAAUGUAGACUUAAAAAUUUCAACCAACUUUGAGAAACUAUAGACAGAGUUUUUAUGUAGAAGGAGCCCAAAACAACAAAUUUUGUCCAGGAUCACUCAGUACAAAUGCUAACCUGAAACUUGUAUUUCAGAACUUCCAUUCUCCUAAAGGGUAGAGUCACUGGACCAGUAUGUGUUAUAUGUAUUUUGGCUCUUUACAUUUACUCUUUAGUUCCAUCUUAAUACACACAAGCAUGCGUGCACACACACACAUUCACACAUUUAUUUAAAACAUUUUAAUAGUUACUUCUAAAGUGUGUCAACUUAAUCUCACUCUGAGUGUGACAGGGAGUUAGUGCCUAUGUGAAUAUAUUUUUUCAUCAGAUUCAGCUUUUGCUAUUGAGGGAAAAUUAUCUUUCCAUCUCCUCAUGUAGUACAAACUUAAAUCUUAAAUCAUUUAAAUAUGUUUUAUUUUUCCAAAGCUUACAUUUCUGCAUUACAAAUGGUUUCCAUUGAUUGGAAGUCAAGCUCACUAGCAUUCACUGCAUGAGCUAUGCAUGAGCAUGUUAAGGCCACCAUGUUCUGCCUGGCAAAAUAAAUACUUUGUCAUUUUCCUAAGUGUUGGAUAAUUCCCUGACCUUUAGAAAGGACUUUGCAGAACAGAUCUUCCUCUAAAUAAUGUAUUAAUAGACCAACAAGUAAUUUUUUUACAAUAAUAAUCAUAAAGUUUAACAUACUUCAAGCUAUCUUUACAACUCUGAAGGUUAUCUUUGGGUUUCUGUUAUUCCCAUAGAAUAAGUUGAACCAAAAUUUGUAAUUGUCUUGCUGUCACUCAAAAGAAAUAGAUACGUUUUGUAAUUGUUUGCAUUGAGGAAUUAGAGGAAGGAUUUGCAGAUCAAAUCUGACUAAUUUUCACAUUUUGUCAAAUUCCUUAUCUUGUUCUUUUAAUCAUAGGCUUAUGGUAUGAUUUGGCCCUGCAUGAGAGUUCACUGAUAUAACUCAAACACAUGUUUUUACUAAAAGUGGAAUUAGUCCUAUAUCUUCAUAUGAAAAGACAUUAUAAACAGCAAAACUCACUUUACUACAGUUUUCUUUUUAUCAUUUCCUAGCAAUAUAUUACUGAUCAUUGCUAGCAUGUAAAAUCUUUUCAUAUUUUUGCUUAAGAGCCAUAUAUAAGUAAUUUAUUAAAUAAAACUUUUCUGAUUUGAUUCUUCCACUUUGUUUCAAAUAGUACCUACUGACAGAGGUUUCCUAUACUUUUAACACACAUUGUUAGAAGUAUUUUAUUAUAUACACUUUUAAUGGCUCUAUUAACCUUAAAAAAAAAGUUAAUGAUAUCCACCUAAACCACUAUCCCUGCUAGGAAGAGAAUCUUGGUGGUGUAAAAAUGUAGGCCUCUUAAUCUGCAUUGUGCAUGU